AUGAAAGUUACGAUUCUUUCCUACAAUUCUGUCGCGGCUUGGAAGUGGGACACUUCGACCGAGCCUCACAAACUAUGCGACUACGCGACGAACGGGGACACGGACGAUUAUGAUGAUGACGACGACGAAUGUGGUAUCUGUCGACUAGCUUAUGAGAGCUGCUGUCCGGCUUGCAAGAUCCCUGGGGACGAUUGUCCGCUGAUCUGGGGUGAAUGCAAACACGUCUUCCACAUGCAUUGUCUUCUGAAAUGGAUUGACACGGAGUCCUCGAAGCAACAGUGCCCUCUUGAUAGACGCCCUUGGGGUAAGGUUGACGACUGGUGCUUCGAUUGCCUGCGCUGA